CCUUUUGCCAGCCCGGUCCAGCGCCUGCCCUCCCUGCGCCUUUUGCGGUGUGCCUGUGAACCUGCAAACCUACACAAUCCUCACCACCCUCGCUCCUCGACCCUCGACUCUCAAUCCUCAAUCAACUAGUCUUGACACCUCUCGUUGACGAUUUUCUUGCCAUCUUGCUCUGCACGAACCGCACUGGACUGCAUGCUUCGUGUAACAAACCGCUUCCAUCUCCAUUGUUUUGAUCUCGCCCAACUCCGUUGUCAACACGGGGAAUUCUUCUUUGUUUGCGGCUGGCAACAAACCACCCUCACCAGUCCUCCGUUGCCCUUUGUUUUGACCACACCGACGACCAGACCCAGAAACCCUCGUUCAAGUCAACCCAUGUUAAUGUCCUAAUUCAACUAGAACCACUGCCAACUAACCGUCAAAGUGGCAGCGACUACCGUGACUGUUUCGCCAGUCAUGGCAAACUCUUUUGCUACGGCAUGGCGCUCUUUCUGGCAUACCAUGACCUCCAAUGACCGCCAUGCCUCCCACGACUCUCCCUACCGGACCGGUCAACAUGUCCCUGUCGGACAAAGUCGACAUGCCCCCCUGACGUCCGUCGCAACCAGUGCCAUUGAGUCGCACCAGGAUCUCUCCCAGACAUACCACGACGAAUCCAAACGACCUUCAGUCUCGUCAACCCAAUUAGCCCAGUCACCUGCCAGACCAUACUCACCGGGCAUGCGCUCCGUAUCAUCUCCCAAGCGUGCUGGAACCGAGGAGGUGGUGUCCCCAGGCGAGAUCCAAAUGCAGAACUUUGCCGACGGUGCACCUCCACCCCCUCCUGUGUCUCACUCCUGGAAGAAGAUCGACCGCUGGGCUGAGAAGAACUAUCCGGAGCUUUGGGACCAGCUGGGCGAGGGGUGUACGCAGAAUGACAUCAACGAGCUGGAGCAUGAGCUGAACAUGUCAUUACCGCAAGACGUCCGCGAGUCCCUCGCCAUUCAUGAUGGUCAAGAACGCGGUGGCAGACCAACUGGUAUCAUUUUUGGCUGUAUGCUGCUCGACUGUGAAGAAAUUGUGCAGGAAUGGAAGAAUUGGCAGGUUGUCAACGAGGAGUAUCUGAGCGGUGCCCGGAAACCCUCGUACAGCUCCAAAGGUCUCAGUAACAGCGCUUCCUCGUCAAGCCAGGCCAAUGGCAAUCGCUUCUGGCGACAAGAAUUGCUCGAUCGACAAGAGUCACAACCCCCUAACGCCAUCCAGAAAGCAUAUGCUCAUCCCAGCUGGAUUGCCCUAGCCAGAGAUUGGGGCGGUAACAAUAUUGCCAUCGAUCUGGCACCGGGACCAAUGGGCAAAUGGGGCCAAGUCAUUCUUUUUGGAAGAGACUACGAUUGUAAAUAUGUCGUUGCACGGUCGUGGGCGCACUUUCUGGCCACCGUGGCAGACGACCUGAGCAGCGAGAAAGUCUUUGUCGACGAGGAAACCGGCGAGCUGAAACUGAAGGAAUUCAAGACUGAGUCAGUCGAACCCGGUUAUAUGGAUAUUUUGCGCUGGCGAGCAGACCAGAAAUAUGGACGGAGAGGACCGAAACGGAGAUCCCAACCACCAGGAUUAAACAACAACAGCUCAGUGGCGCAGAACGGCCGGCAUUCCCCCUACAACAGUCCCGUCGUUGGUGAGGAUAGAGGUCGAUCACCUCACCGUUUUUCACGGGGACCUACGGGUAGCCCCAGGCACACAGUCAGCAGUCCUCUUGCACGAGUUCAAGAGGAAAUUGCCCAACCGCAAGCCAUUCGUCCCGGUGGAGAUGUAGUACGGGACUUCGCUGAAGCGGCAGAGGAUUCUGUCAGUGAAGGCAAGAAACGAGCAGCUCCCACGCCCAUCGAUUCACAAGUGGCGACUGCCACCAAGCAAGCUGGAGAUAAACUUGUCGAUGUCUCGACGCCCGCGUCAUUGAAGAGCGCAGACUCGAAGGACUUCCCCGCUACUCGACUCACCCGAGUCCUGACAGCUGGCAACAACGAAACCCAGGACGACAAACCGAAGGAACCAGAACCCGAAGUUAAGGGCUUGGGGGUCAACGGGAUCGAGGGAGAAAUGAAGACGGUGGCGAUUUAAUCAUCCUAUCUUGUAUUUUUGUUUUUGACAACGGCCUGAGUCGGUAUAAAUGACCCCAAACAUCGCCUGGAUAUGGCGUUCUGGGGCACAUGGAGCAUUGAAUGCAAGCAUCAACAGACUUAUUCAUCAUGGAAGGCGCGCUUUUACUACACAGCCCCGGCGUCUCUGGCUUUUAUUGUCGAAAGCUAUCCCUUUUUGGCAAACUCUCUGGGUGGGAUCAGGUGGAAGGGACAUGGCUUAUUGUAUGGGUAGAGUUGAUAUUCCAAUUGGCGGCAACCGAUAUUGCGGACGGGCGACUGAGCAAGAAGUUCGACGUCUCCUCCAGAGAGAACACGGCGCUGCGCCCCGAUCACUAAACAUACCAUGUAGAAAAGAAGUGGGCGGAUAUCCAGCUGAUUGGAAGGGGGAGAGAAGAGCACGUCCAAGGGGAGAAGCAUCCGGGGUGGACAGUGUACGGACUACGUUGAAAGGACUGGAAACAGAGAAGACUUGAAGGCAAUCCAAACAGACUCUAUUGCAUUCCCUUCGAUCCACAGUUUCCCUUGAUUGCGCCCUGCCCUCAAGUCGACAGAUUC